CUGGAGAGGUAGCGAAACGUCUUCAAAUCUUGGAAACCAAUUCCAGUGGAUUUUUUUGAACUUUUACGGAAUGACUAUGACCUGUAUGACUGAGAAUCUUCAUCAGCACCUUCAUACAGUUAAUUAUGGGCAAAAUAAGGAACUAUGAGAAACCCUUCAACUCUGCUUCUCCUGAUUCUCCAGGGGACUGUUCUGGCUCACGGAUAUAAAAAUGUUGCAUUGCAUGGAAAAGCCACCCAGUCUGACAGAGUAAAUCAUGUUUGUGGAGCUGCUUCAGGAGCUAUAGAUGGAAACCGUCAGGCUAACUUUUAUGCAGGAUCAUGUACUCACACUGAGAGAAUGACCAAUCCCUGGUGGAGAGUGGACCUGCUGGAUACCUACAUUAUCACAUCAAUGUCUGUUACCAACAGAGGAGACUGCUGUGCAGUAGAAUUAAAUGGAGCAGAGAUUCACAUUGGAAACUCUUUACUCAGUGACGGCGCUGCUAACCCAAUAGGCUACCAGGUUUUGAUCAAACCUGGAGAGAAUAUGGCAAUUUAUGGAAAAGCCUCCCAGUCAACAGUUUAUCCAGGAGCCAUUGCCAACAAUGCUAUUGAUGGGAACCGUGAAGCUCGCUUUGACCUCGGUUCCUGCAGUGCCACAAAUAAUGACUUUAAUCCCUGGUGGAGACUGGACCUGGGGAAAACCCAUAAAGUGUUCUCUAUUAGCAUAACCAACCGGUUAGAAGUUCACACUCGAAUUAAUGGAGCUGAAAUUCGUAUUGGAGAUUCACUUGACAACAAUGGAAAUAACAAUCCCAGAUGUGCUGUGAUCUCUACCAUCUCUCCUGGUUUUACUGAAACCUUUCAGUGCAACGGCAUGGAUGGUCGAUUCAUCAACAUUGUCAUACCUGGACGAAAUGAGUUUCUCACUCUGUGUGAGGUGGAGGUGUAUGCAUCUAGACUAGAUUAAAAACAAAUGUUAGAU